AUGGACUCAAUCCUAAGUCGUUUCAAUGACUCUCGAACAGAGGAAGACAGCGACCCUGUCAAAAGAGAGAAGUUGUCCAUUGAGUCAGGAACCAAUCCAUUUUUUCUGAAAUAUGAAGAAAGGAAAUAUGACGGACAGUAUUUUGCCAUGUAUCAAUAUAGACUCAAGGUUUUACGGGAAAGGGUAACUCAAAGCUGUGAGGAAAAGUGGGAUUCGCACUUCGAAUUGAACAACCGUAGGAUCGUGAAGAAGAACAAAGUUCUAGAUAUUCAGGCUAAUGAGCCAUGCUGGUGCGUAGGAACCAUUUACUGUGAGAUGAGGUAUAAACCAAAUGUUCUGGAGGAAGUUGUGAACGAUGUUUACGGUGCGCCUGACUUGGUCAAGAGUUACACAGAUGCCGAAGGUUCUGACGAAAUAAUGCUUGAGGAUGAAAGCGGACGCGUAUUACUAGUCGGGGAUAUCGUGCAGUCGAAGCCCUUUAUCAGCGGAACCGUCGUGGGCAUCUUAGGCAUGGAAGCGGAUGCUGGAGCCUUCCAAGUCCUGGACAUAUGUUAUCCCUACGCGCUCCCUCAGAGUAAACUUCCUCAGAAUCCAACUGCAGGAAAAAUAGCUUUGGUUUCGGGUCUCAACAUAAAUACAGAAAAUCCCAAACUCUCUCUAAAGUUACAAUUGCUGCAAGAGUAUCUAACUGGGGACUUGAUCGAUAUUGAUUCAGUUUCUAAAAUCAAUAGACUUAUUGUUUGCGGAAAUUCAAUAAACCCUACAGAGGCAACGGCACUGGGAGGCUGCCUGAAGGAGCUUGGUACGUUUCUAGGUAACACGCUGCAAUCUAUGCCUAUAGAUUUGAUGCCAGGAGCUAAUGAUCUCAGUGAUCAAAGUCUACCUCAACAGCCACUUCACAAGGCUCUCUUCGAAGGUACAAUAAAACCGUUUUUCAAAGACAUCGAAAAUGAGCUUUUCUCACCAACCACCAAUCCGGUUUGGUUUAAAUUUAAUGGUAUUGAAAUGCUUGGGACGAGUGGUCAAAAUAUUGACGAUAUAUGCAAGUAUAUCAUUCCCAAUCUAUCAACUUCCGAGCCAGACUCUAGUGGAGAAGGAGACAUGAACGUCAGAUUAAAUAUGAUGGAAGGUUGUCUUAAAUGGCAAAAUAUAGCGCCAACUGCGCCUGACACCCUUUGGUGCUACCCUUAUAAAUCAGAUGACCCUUUCAUUUUGAACAAACUGCCGCAUGUGUACUUUGUGGGUAAUCAGCCCGCGUAUAUGUCAAGGGAUGUGAAGCUAGAAGGUGGCCUCAAUGUUAAGAUUAUGACAAUACCCAAAUUCAGCGAAACUGGUGAAAUCGUCAUUCUGGAUUUAAAAACAUUGGAAGCGGAAGUUGUAACAAUUCAAGUAUAG